AUGACUGCGGCAAGUCACAGUCAAACCAGCAGUAAACCUAAGGUCCCGCCCCCACCCAAGGCAGACACCCCCUACAAGAUCCCGUAUUUUGACUUUGAUCAAUCAGAAAUUGUAGAGGGACCACCGGAUGUAGAUGAGCCUCAGUCUGUAGCAUACAGCGGUGCUAAAUGUCCCGGGGACGAAAAACCCCAGAAAGAGGAGAGAAAGAAACACAGACAAGGAAAGUCCUACUCUCCAGACAAGUUAACAGACUCUGCUUCCACUAGAAAAACUGUCCAGUUUCAAGAUAUUCAUGAGACUUCAGAGUCAGAGUCUGAGGAGAGUGAUUCUGAGGACUCGGGUGAGGAGCAGGACCACAGGAGGGACAGCUCUGAGACUGAGGAGUCAGAGGAUGAGGACAGAACUCCUGGUGAGGAGUACGCCUACCCAGAGCAGGAGAAAAGAUCAAGUUGUGUCCAAGUUAAGAGAGCCAAAAUUUAUUCCCCACCUUCCCAUGACCUUAGAUUGAAAUUUGACCAGGAAGAAGAAAAAGACCGAAUGGAAUACCAGCGACCUUGGCCUGACCUUGAAAAUCUGUUUGGUGAUGACCCAGAAUACCAAAAAUAUCUGACUGACCUUGGCUCAUACAUGGCAAUGCAGCUGGAGCAAGUUAAACAGUUCUCUCAUAACUUUGAUCAGUACUGUGAAGUGGUGGACAAGAGUAAAGCCUUGGACAUUGAUGAAUCCAUGGCCAGACAUGAGUGGUCCACAGAAGAAUUCAAUCAUGUUCUACCAACCUUCACAGAAAUGGUAAAGGAGAUGCGGAAGAUGACUGUGAAGAGGAGAUGUGCGAUGGUUCUGGUGAUAAGCUCUAGCUUCAGGGACUCCUGUCUCCCCUACCCCCAGGAGAUCAUCAGCAAGACCCACCAUAAGCUGCCCAUUAUAGCCAUCAAAUGAAACGAAGAUCUGCUUACUAUU